AUGCCGGGGCAAGAUCGGAAACUGAAGCAGUUGGUUGAAGCCGCAGUGAGGGUGAUGACCUUCCUAGUCGGCCAGCACUAUGCCACCCCCACCCCGAGCCCAGACGCUGUGACAGGGUACAUCACUUCGUUCAUGUCCUGGCUGGCUUCCUGGUCAGCUUUUCUGAACUCCCUUCCCCCUCAGCAGAUCGAGAAGUUCAAGUAUCUUUCCCGUUUUGUGGCCGAUAUGCAGUACACAUUGAGCACCCACAUUGGCCGACACUGCUUGGGCCAACGGGUCGAUGACAUCAAAACGAACCCUUGCCCAACAACUUGGCGGUUGUUUGAUACUUUCAUGGAAAGUUUGACGGCCGAGUUGGAAGACAUCGUUGGGCCACUUCGAGCUUGGGUUGCAGAUCAGCCUGUGGAUACUGGCUUGCUUUGUGACCAAAUCUUGCAUGCCAUUCUUCUUUUUGGUACACGAUGCGAGAUGUUUCUUGCUGACCGCCUGACUCGGCAGCUGAAUAUCUUUGUGCGCAAAUUCACCAAUGAUGUCUACGAUCAUCAAACGUUGAAUGCUGAGACCACCUUUGCAGGGACUCAUGGAUCUGUUGUGUUCGCAGCCAAGCCGUUUCAGACCUCGGCCAAGGUCCUUUGUUUGAUCCCAAGUCUUGACCUUGGUGUGGGUGAUAACCCCCAGCCUUCAGCGCCGGGAACAUUGGAGACGAACAUGCCAGUCAUUUUCCUUCCCAUUGCGCAGUAUGCAUCGUUCAUCAACGGCCUGAAGAAGUUUGAUGAGUUAGGCGCCUCGACUUUGUUGCUGUAG